AUGAGAUUCACAACGACUACCUCGCUGUCGGUUCUAGCAUUCUCAGCGUCUACUCAGGCGCAAGAUGACGUGAAUGCCGCUGCCGGUCUACAGGAGGCCACGUUCUGGAGUCGAUGUCCAGACAAAGACGGCUUCAAUCUAGGUGACGGCUUCCAUGAUUGCGAUUGCUCACGCGAUGGCAAGCCAUGGUGGGACUGGUUCGGCAAGAACACCUGCACGGUCGUUGUCACUCAGACCGUCGGUAUACCAGCCACCGUCCCUGGAAUACCGGUACCAAAUCCCGUCACGCCCGGGUGUGAUCAGAAUGGCCACUGCACAGUAACCGUCACGCAGACAACGUUCGGUAACCCAACAACAACAUUCGGACAACCUGGAUUCUCCACCCAAACCACCAGCAUAUUCUCAUCCGUGCUCUCGUCCGCCUCCUCGAGCAUCUCUUCCAUCGAGUCCCAGGCCAGCUCACGGAUCUCGUCGGUCUACUCCGAGGCCAGCUCGGAGAUCAGCAGGCUCACAUCAGAACUCGCGACCGCGACGGGGUCCGAUCGCUCGAGCAUCACUUCAGAGAUCGGGCGGCUGACCAGCUCCGCCGCGUCGAGGGCCAGUUCCAUCAGCAGCCAGGCGCGCACCUCGAUCUUCCGAACGGGAGCGGCUGCUCCUUUGCAGACGGCUGGUGUGGCUAUGGGCGCAUUCUUCGGAGGGGUCGCUAUGCUGGCGAAUUUCUAA